AUGAACACCAACAUCACGAUCAACCUCCCACGGCCAUCGCCGGCCACUAUCUCUACUGGAACUCCCAACGAUGUCAAGAAACAUUGGGUCAGACAGUACCAGCACCUUAUGACUUAUCUUGAUAAACAACUCGACAAGAAACAGAUUCUGUACAUGAUAACAGCAUCGCUGGAGUGGGACUUAGUUGACAUGACUGAUCCGAGCGAGAUCCUGGCAUUCCUCAAUGUUUGCUGA